AUUAAAUGUAAUUCCAACUUCGAAAAUUUUAAAUGUGUUUGAAUUAACUGGUUUAUACUGGCCUUAAUACCCUGUUGUCCAAAUUACAAAUUUUCUAGUUAACUAUUUCCACAAUAAAAUGCUAUUUUAGUAGAGCAACAAUAUAAACACACUUGGGCAUAAUAAAUACAGAUUAAAGUUUUAUUUUAAUUAUAUUUAUUUCAGUGGAAUAUUUAUUAAUUACCUAUUACAGUCGACUACAUUCCGCACCAUAAUUUUAAGUAGGGAAUGUACCAAGUGUGGCACAUCAUUGAAAAGGUAUAUUUAACAUUCACAAUGGACGUUUGUGGAUCAAAAAAAAUCCAAAAGCUAAAAGGGUAAAUUAUUACCAGUAUUCAUUUAAAAUAAAUGUUUGGGCUGCAACAAUGAGAAACAAUUUCAUUGCAUACUAUAUUUUUGAAUAAAAAAGUGGUAGAAUGAAAAUUGUCCACAAUGUUGGAUUGGACGGGACACGAAGGAUCCAAUACAAUUAUCACCUACCUAGGUCACCUAACCAGACACCUUUAGAUUUCAUGUUAUGGAAUUAUGUGAAACAAAGAUUAUAUAUCAAAAGUGCAUACAUUAUAGAAGUAUUAAGGAAAAAUAUAACAAAUUCUAUUAAUGAACUACAAAAUAACCUGGAACCACUUCAAAGAAUAAUGUUUUCACUAAGAAAAAGAAAAAACUUGCAUAUUCGUCAAAAUGGACAUUUUGAACAUUUACAGGCUUACAGGCAAAACACACUAAGUCAGAUGAUUAAAAACCCGUCAUUUAAUGUAUUUUUUUUAUACAAAAUAAUGUUAUUAUGGACUUAAUGAAUAAGAAAAUAAUUUAAGAAUAAGGUUAUAAUUCUUAGAGACUAGUGGAUUUUACCAGCUAGAACGGAAAAAAUCCAGUCGAAUGAUGUAAAUAAGUCAAAAAUAAAAAAAAUUUAACUUAAUGUGUUUGCUUGUAAACCGACGAUUUAUUAUUCUAAAAUAUAUCCGUUAUUUUAAUUUUUUCUAUUAAUAAACGUUUUACUCUAAAAAAAAAUAUCAUGCUUUCUCGAAUUUGACUUACUUUAAGGGGGGGGGGGGAAGGUAAGAUUAAUUCGAGCAAAAAAGGCACAUUUUUGUGAAUUUUUGACGACACAGUUAAAAUUUGUUCAUUUAAACUAACGGUAUAUUAAAGUAUAACAUUCAAAGAAUAUUGUCUCAAAUUUUUAUGUAGAAAUAUUAAAAAAUAUGGAAAUGGUAGCAAUUAUUUGGAUAAGUCUCGGAAAAAA